CUCUCUCUCUCUCACACACACACACUCUCUCUCAAAUUCCAUUGCUAAUAUCAGACCCUGGAAAGAAAAGUAAAUAAAAAGAUCUCAGGAGAGCCGAUUUCAGAUCUCUCUCUUUCGCUCUCAUCUGCAAUCUCGGAAAUUCGAACUGAAAGUCCUUGCAGGUGAGGUCCUAGCCAUAUGGGUUCUAAAUCAGUUGAAGAUUUGCUAGAGGCUUCGGCAGGAUUUCAUUUUUCAGGAUUUCACUUGGAUAACUUGGCGCUAGGAAAUUCAGAGGUCGAGCAACCAACGACCUCAGCAGCUGAAAGUGUGCAUAAGCAACCUUUUGUAAUUGGAGUUGCUGGUGGUGCAGCAUCAGGGAAGACUACUGUCUGUGACAUGAUCAUUGAGCAGCUUCAUGACCAGCGUGUUGUCCUUGUCAACCAAGAUUCCUUCUAUCACAAUUUGUCCGAGGAGGAACUGAUGCGAGUUCAUGAAUAUAAUUUUGACCAUCCUGAUGCCUUUGACACUGAACACCUACUGUGUUGUAUGGAGAAGUUGAAGCAUGGGCAGGCAGUUGAUAUUUCAUUCUAUGACGUCAAGAAUUAUAAAAACUAUAUAGGGCGAACAAGAAGGGUCAAUCCUUCAGAUGUGAUAAUUUUGGAAGGGAUACUAAUUUUCCAUGAUCCUCGGGUUCGAGAUUUGAUGAACAUGAAGAUCUUUGUUGAUACAGAUGCUGAUGUGCGCUUGGCGAGGAGGAUAAGGCGUGAUACUGUUGAGAAGGGCAGAGAGAUUGGAACAGUAUUAGACCAGUACUCAAAGUUUGUGAAGCCUGCUUUUGAUGACUUUAUACUUCCCACAAAAAAGUAUGCGGAUAUCAUCAUCCCUCGUGGAGGAGAUAAUCACGUAGCAAUUGACUUGAUUGUGCAACAUAUUCGUACAAAGCUUGGUCAACAUGAUCUUUGUAAAAUAUACCCAAAUCUCUACGUCAUUCAAUCCACAUUUCAGAUAAGAGGGAUGCAUACCCUAAUACGUGAUGCUCAAACAACAAAACAUGACUUUGUAUUUUAUUCAGAUCGAUUGAUUCGUUUGGUUGUUGAACAUGGUCUAGGCCAUCUUCCAUUCACAGAAAAACAGGUUACCACUCCAACUGGAUCAGUAUAUACUGGGGUGGAUUUUUGUAAAAGGCUAUGUGGUGUCUCAGUUAUUAGAAGCGGUGAAAGUAUGGAGAAUGCACUCCGAGCAUGUUGUAAAGGAAUCAAGAUUGGGAAGAUUCUUAUUCAUAGGGAAGGUGAUAACGGUCAGCAGGUUUGUGUGGAGCUCUUGAUGCCCCCCCUCCCCUGUGUUUCCUGGUGCUACUUCACUGACAUUUUGAAUGCUGUGCAGCUUAUUUAUGAAAAACUGCCAAAAGACAUCUCAGAUAGGCAUGUGCUGCUUCUGGACCCUAUCCUUGGCACAGGCAAUUCAGCUGUGCAAGCUAUUUCCUUGCUCAUAAGGAAGGGUGUACCAGAGUCAAAUAUCAUUUUUCUCAAUCUCAUUUCGGCACCUCAAGGAGUCCACGUCGUCUGCAAAAGCUUCCCAAGAAUUAAGAUUGUGACAUCUGAGAUCGAUACUGGACUAAAUGAAGAUUUCCGUGUCAUCCCCGGCAUGGGUGAAUUUGGAGACCGGUAUUUUGGGACAGAUGAUGAUGAGCAGCAGCAUGUAACGACUCCAGCAUAGGUCGCACUAGUGGGGCACACCAGUUCAAUUUGUUUUCUCUUGCAGCAAGUGAUGCACCCGGCGGUUUUUUCUUGAGUAGAUAGGUGAAGAUGACCAGCAUACGUCUGCAAUUUUUAUUUUUAAGAUUUCAAUUGAACUUUUUCCAGCUGUGGAUUCUCUUCCUGAGGGGUUGCAAGUAAGCAUUUGUCAUGUUUAUUAGCAUUUUACUAUGAUGUUACGGCUUUAUUUCUUUUAUUAUUAUUAUUAUUAUUAUUUUUUAUCAAAUUUAUAUGAAAAGGAAACUGAACUUAUGCAAUUAUGCUUAAUCAGCUUCUAAUAUAUAAUGAUUUUGGUCUA